CGCAGCUCCGGGCGGGAGGCGGGCGAAGCUCCGGCUCCGCUCACGUCUGUUUUCCUUUUUCGUGCAUUAUUUAUUUCGCCUCAGUCCUCGGCCCUGCUGCCCGAGCGGGCGCUCCGGAAAAACGCCUCUCGCCGCUGCCUCCCGCCGGCCGGCCUAAAGCGCACGUACAGCUCGGGCACUCCGCGCCCCGGGCAGCCGCGCGGCGCCAACGGGAAGGGCGGGGAACUCGGCGGUUGGGAGCGGCAGCGGGCUCCUACAGGGCUCCGCCGCCGGCUCCGGGCGGCAGAAGGAGACUUUCCCCGCCCUCCGUGUCCGCCUCGCCCUGGAGGCCCAGGCGGAGCGCAAACUUUUGCUUCAGUGCCCUGCGCUUCUUCGCGGCACGUGAAGCCCCCGAGCGCCGGCGCAGCAGCCAGGUUGGCCCCACCAGUGGGCGCCGUGGGCCGAGAUGCUCCUACGGGACCUGGUGCUGCGCGGAGGCUGUCGCUGGCCCUCGCUGCUGCUGCACUGCGCUCUCCACCCGCUCUGGGGCUUCGUGCAGGUGACGCACGGUGAGCCCCAGAAGUCCUGCUCCAAGGUGACUGACACGUGUGCUUAUGUAUGUGUGUGUAAGCCCCCACCUCCGCUGCCUCCUCCUCCUCCUCCUCCGCCCCCAGGGCUGCUCCUGUCUCUUCCAGCGCCCAACACUACCUCGUGCCCUGCCGAGGAAAGCUGGUGGUCGGGGCUGGUGAUCGUCAUCGCCGUAUGUUGUGCCUCUCUCGUGUUUCUGACUGUCCUUGUCAUCAUUUGCUACAAAGCCAUAAAAAGGAAACCCCUGCGAAAAGAUGAAAAUGGCACCAGUGUUGCUGAGUAUCCCAUGAGCUCACAGAGCAACAAAGGGGUAGAUGUGAGCAAUGCAGUGGUGUGAGUCUACAGGCCUCGGAUCUGCUGGCCAGAGGGACACCUUGGUGACACUAGUGGACAUGGGAAGCUGACCCUGGGCUUGUCCAGGACUUCAUUGCCUUGCAGACCUCAAGCCUUCUGAAGGAGAAACCAUCCUCUUCCCAGGCCAGCCCCAGUUGGCCUAUGGGCAGGGGCAGCGCAGACGCUGGGCUGAGCCCAGGUCCCCCUGCAUGCAGCGCCUGGGGCAGCCUCACCUCCCAGGGCUCUCCACAUCCUCCUCCUUGUCUUGUGUUUGGUCCACUGACUGUUCCCCAACUGCUGUCUAAAGCACAUGCUCUGAUGAAGGCAGAGGGUCUGUCUGCCUGUGGGGACAGGGAGGCACCCCCCUUUUAGCUAACAGAAGGUGAAUGGGGCCACUCCCCAGCUUGAAAACCUCUCCUCCUCCAGGAAGUGGCCUGCUUCUCUGUGGAUGUCCCAACAGAAGCCAUCGACACAGCCAUGAGACAGACGUCCCCUUUCAAAGGUGCUUCCCACACAUCUGCCCAUCACCCCAUCUGUCACCCCUCAGUCUUCAGGGCCUGUGUCUGCCCUCCUGUUCCCACCCACACCUUGCUCAUAGCUCCUGUCUGCCUGCCACGAGCCCAGCCUGAGAACCCCCGUGAGCAGCCGUGGGGGCUGGCUUACAUGCAGGGUGGAAUGUCAUGGAAGCCUGGGCCAAGGGAGUGUGGAAGGGCCAAGGCCCCUGCAGCUCUUCUCAGACAGCUGCACACUUGAGUGCAGGAACCCUGCAUUCUUGUGAGGCAGGCCCUGCCUUGUUGGGUAGAGGUCAUCACUUGUGCCAAACCCACCGGGGCUCUCUGAGCUAGGACAAUGCUAGGCUGGAGCCACAUCUCCCGGGCCAUCCCCCUGGGGCCUGGCAGUGGCACCCAGACCCUCUUCUGAAAGCCCCUAGAGGAAGGGGUUUUCUUCCUGUGUCCUGUGGGCCAGUGCUGUAGACGUGCCAAACCCUCCUGAGUGUGAGAGGUGGGGGAGGGGCAGGAACCUCCAGGCUUGUUCACCUCUGCCCUGCCCACCAGUUUCCCAGAUGGCCACCCCCCAGCAUGACACAUCGCUAGGCCCAUGGAGGCAGUGACCUGGUGAACUUACCUCCUUUGGCAAGUUAGGAGGACACUCUUGAUCCUGAGGUUCCCCUCACCACCCUUACAUACCUUCUCAGAAGGAACCGGGCACAUUUAAUGGUUACAGCCUGUGGCCUUGCAGGGAUUUAGCUGGCUGGACCUCGUUUGCCUCCUACACCACCACUGUAUUUCUCUGGCAGGUAUUGGGGUUGUGGUGAGACCCUCAAAUCCAGGUAAGACUGACAGACAUGAAAGCCACUCCCUACUUGGCCAAGAUAUCCACUGUCCCAGUGCCCCAUGCCCAGAGCUGUCUGUCACUGUCCCUUCCCCGGCCAGUGUGUGCACACGGAGGACAGGCCUGGGAUAUGCCCUCCCACAGAGGCUUUUGCCUUCCUUCCCCAUCUCCUCCUUCAGCUUGAGGACUUGUUUGAAUUUCACUUUCCUGGCACACCUUGGCAUCAUGGUGCUGCCAACAGCCCCUACCUGGUGAACACCUGGUGAAAGCUUAGGAUGCAGAGUCAGGCGACAAGCAGGCCAGGGGAAGGGGCUCAAGGAUGGGCAGGAAAGAGAAGCCGGGCAGGCCCCACCCCAGGGCACUGUGCCCUGCUACACACAGCUUCCUAGUUCCUGUUGAGGCCUCUCCCUGAGCACAUACCCGGACAGGUGAGCAGGAGUCCAGCCCUAAACACACAGCACCCUGGGCUUCACAGGGGGAAAAGCUGGUGCCCUGGGCCGGUCCAGAGUGGCCAGAGGGCGCCUUUGGCUGGAAGCUGCUGGCUGAGGGGCUCUGGUGACCUAGGGCAACUCAGAAAGGCUAGGGAUGGCCAAGUAUCCAUAUGCCCACUGGGUUCCACUAUCCUUGACUAUGACUUAAACAUAGGAAGCCCAGAUAUUGCAGUUAGGCUUCAGGAACCUGGCAGAGCUUCCCAUCAUGCUGGACCCCAAGACACCCAGGGCUCCAGUUCACAUGUAAAUUCACAUCCAUCCAGCUCGUAAUGUCCCUUCUCAGCCAGUUAAGGAAAACCAAGGGAAGAGUUGCAUUCUUUAAAAACAGGUUCACUUGAGAACAAAGUCCUCAAAUUCAGGACUGGUGUUCAGAGGACACAUCUCAUGGGGCAGCAGGGAAGGCCACCAGGCUUUCACCAUAGGAGACCGAUGUGCACAUCAAACUGCUGCAGCCUAGUGUGUGAGCUUGGAGCUUUUGUUUAAAAUCAAUCUGCAGCCCCUCAACCCAGACCCCUUCUCAGAUUGGUCUGAGGUCAAGAAUGAGAUGUACAGUCCUGCUCUGUAUUUUCUCAGAUGUGGCUCAACUGUCUGGUAAGCGAGCCCCACUUUGGAACUCAGUGGCCUUUGGGAGCUCCCAGAGUUACCAGGUGUUCCUAAGAGGCUUCUAGGGAAGUUUUGGAAGAAAGACUAAUAAGUAUAAAAAUAUAAACAUAUAUUAUAUAGUUAUAUAUUUAAAGAAAUAUCUGUAUAUAUAAUUACUAUACUCUCUGCAUCUGUACAAAGUAUGAUCUCAACAGCCGAGGUAGUGUGAGACAUGUAAUGCAUGAAUGUAAAUACCCCAAACUCCGCCUUCUUAGUGAUGUGCCAUGUGUAUGGGGACGAUGUCUCUUGUUCCUAGGCAUUCUGUCUCAAUGGACAAAUACACCUGUCUAUGCCACCUCGUCCACCAAUGAGCCAUUAAUGUCAAUUUUAUGCUGAGACUUCUGUACAGGAGGCAGGAUUGGCAGCCUUGGGGGGUGCGCUGUAUGCUCCUUAGGAGGAAAGAAGCACCAUGACUUUUUUAUUUUCAAUAAAAAUAUACUUAAAAGA